AUGGUGACCCAACUCAACGCCCUUGACGGUCCAGAGUCAGAGAGUCAGAACAUCCGUCAGAGCUUUGCAGAGGUACUUGGCGACAAGUACCACUACACGAAUGCCAUCGACAGCUCUCUGCUCUGGACUGUUGGGUACACCCCCUACAUUCCCCCAGCUCUGAAAGGAAGAAGCUUCCCCUCUGUAGAGAGCUUCUUCCUGGAUGAGUGGGAGCCACUGACACUCCUCCAGACUCUACAGUCUGCUGCAGGCCUAGUAUCUCAGGUUCUGUCCACCAGUGUUGCCAUCGUGGAGAAUGACCUGAUUCAGUCUGCUGCAGGCCUAGUAUCUCAGGUUCUGUCCACCAGUGUUGCUGUCGUGGAGAAUGACCUGAUCCAUUCUGCUACAGUCCUAGUGUCUCAGGUUCUGUCCACCAGUGUUGCCGUCGUGGAGAAUGACCUGAUCCAGUCUGCUACAGGCCUAGUAUCUCAGGUUCUGUCUACCAGUGUUUCCAUUGUGGAGAAUGACCUGAUCCAGUCUGCUGCAGGCCUAGUAUCUCCGGUUCUGUCUACCAGUGUUUCCAUUGUGGAGAAUGACCUGCUCCAGACUGCUACAAACCUAGUGUCUCAGGAUGAUGACUCCACCCUGAGAGCCUCCAACCAACCUGAGGUCCAUGUGGCUGAUGUGUCAACCAAGGGAAGUAGACUUACCAUCACUAUUUAUUUGGGUUCAACCAAGAGUAGCCAUGUUGCUUUACGUGAAGUUGAUGCUAGUGCUACCAGCCUGGAGCAGUCUGCUGAGAAAAUGUCUACCUCUACUACUGAUAUCAACGACAUCUCUUCAACUGCUGCUGCCAAGAAGAAGAAGAGGUGUGGAUUAUUCUCAUCUCUCUGGAGAGCUCUCAGGGGGAAGAACAAGAAGCCUGCUAAAGUGGCUUCCAAGAAGGAGGACAUCUAGGUGGUUGAGCGCCUCGCUGCUGAAGUCACCCACUGAGGACACUCACUGCUGAAGGCACCCACAAUGAUGCUUCUGUUUUUCCUCAUCCUUCCUCUCACUCCAACCCUCCAAAUACAUAAUAAUAAUUCAUUUUUAAGUAAAUAUUAACAACAUAGCUAAACAGAUUAAACUAAUUUUGGCCAAGGGAUCUGUGAAAUUAGUUUAGAGGGUGUAAUACAAUACAAUGCAAUAUUAUUCAUGUACAAUUUAUGUUCUUAACCCUGGGCAACAUGGGUCUGGGAGGCUCUCAGGGAUAUUGGUAUCCACAGUACACCACCAUUAUAUAUUUUUCUACUAAAUACUUCCUGUAUUUUUAUUUAUUUACAUAAAUGCACUGUAAUUUAAACUUUAAAACUGCAACGUUUUCUCUCUGCCUCCUUGCAAAAUGUGUAGAAUUGCAGGAAAAUAUCUUUAAAACUGAACAAUUUUCUCUCCGAUAACAAGAGGGCCCGAGGCGCUUGAGGCUUAGUUCGUCCGGCCAUGCCCUGCAGAAGUCAUAGUAAAACUCCUUGUAUGCUUUUUAAUGUCUGAUUAUGAGGGGGUCCCUGAUGAAUUUGCUAUCACAAAAGGGGUCCCCGCCCCAAAAAGUUUGAGAAACCCUGGUCUACGGCCCUGAGAGCCUCCAACCAACCUGAAUUCCAUGUGGGUGAUGCUUCAACCAAGAGAAAGAGAAUUACCAUUACUAUUGAUGCUACCAGCCUGGAUCAGUCUGCAGAGAAGUCUACCUCUACCACUGAUGACAACAUAAUCUCUUCACCUGACACCAAGCAGAAGAAAAAUAGAACCGGAUUCUUCUCAGCUCUCCAGAGACUUUUUAGGAGGAAGAACAAGAAGCCUGUCAGUAAUACUCAUACUAUCAUAUUAUGUUAUACUGUUAAUCAUUAAACUAGGUUGAUACUAAUAUCCAGUGCUAAUAGCUAUUUUCAGAGCUUUUUCUCUAUUGUCUACCUUUCCUUUUUCAGGCAAAAGUGGCUUCCAUGAAAGAGGAAAACAUCCAGAAGGAUGAGAGCCUCACCUCUCAGGACGCUCAAUGCUGCUGCUUAUCUUCGUUUAUUUUUUCAUCCCUCCUUCCACUC